AUGAGCUUUUCACAUGCUGUCGUGGUAGGCGUUCCAAGGAAUUUGAAAUUUGCUAAUAAGAAGUCCGCCAUCGAUAUUGACUCAUUGAAGAAACAAAGCGAAGGAUUGGUGGAGACAUUACGCGAAGCUGGUGUUGGUGUGAAUGAGUAUCACCUACCGGAUGAUUCCUCCGUCUCGACGCUGUUCGUUGGCGAUGCUGCCAUAGCAAUCAAUGGAACUACUCUCUUAUGCCGGCCAAAGAAACCUGGGAUUUCGCACGCCGAGUUACGGCGUAUCCUGCCAUCAUGUUGCCAUGACGUGCAAGAGUGUCCAGAAACUGUCGACGGUAAACCCGUUGUUCUCGAAGGCGGAGAUGUAUUUUUCACUGGUAAAGAGAUCUUUGUUGGGGUUCGAAAACAAGGCACGAACUUCGAAGGUGCCAAAGCAGUCGCACGAGUGUUUUGUGAUCAUGCUGUAAUUCCAAUACACAUGUCAGACAAGGCCCAAUGUCUCAGGUAUUAUGUCGCUAUUGCAGCACCUGGUAUACUUGCCAUCGGAACUAGUAAAGAAGCUCAAAAUAUCUUAAAGGUUCUUGAAGCAGAAGCUAUGCUCAGAUAUAGGAUCAUUCCAGUUGAAGAUGAUGAAGGAGUUAAUUGUAUUCUAGUGAAUAAACGCCUCAUAUUUCAACGGGAUAAAACGGCAGCUAAAUUCACUCCGUUGCAAUCGAAUGGCCUUGAAUUAUGGACAGUGGAUGCCGGAGAUCUGCUCAAGGUAUAUUGA